GUGAAGAUGGCCGCGGCUGUUCUCAGUGGGCCCUCUGCGGGCUCCGCGGCUGGGGUUCCCGGCGGGGCCGGGGGCCUUUCGGCGGUGGGCUCGGGCCCGCGCCUCCGCAUGCUGCUGCUGGAGAGCGUGUCCGGGCUGCUGCAGCCGCGAGCGGGGUCCACCAUUCCUCCCGUGCAUCCCCCAGCCCGGUCGGCCCCACAUUUGCCCGGGCUCAUGUGCCUAUUGCGGCUGCAUGGGACGGUGGGCGGGGCCCAGAACCUUUCAGCUGUUGGGGCGUUGGUGGGUCUCAGUAAUGCACGUCUCAGUUCUAUCAAAACUCGGUUUGAGGGCCUCUGUCUGCUGUCUUUGCUGGUUGGGGAGAGCUCUACAGAGAUGUUCCAGCAGCACUGUGUCUCUUGGCUUCGGAGCAUUCAGCAGGUCUUGCAGUCCCAGGACCCACCUGCCACGAUGGAUUUGGCUGUGGUUGUUCUGAGGGACCUGCUCCGAUAUGCAGCCCAGCUUCCUACACUCUUCCGGGACAUCUCCAUGAACCACCUCCCUGGCCUUCUCACUUCCCUGCUGGGCCUCAGACCAGAGUGUGAGUUCUCAGCACUGGAGGGAAUGAAGGCAUGUAUGACCUACUUUCCUCGGGCUUGUGGGUCUCUCAAAGGCAAGCUGGCCUCUUUUUUCCUGUCUCGGGUGGAUGCCUUGAGCCCUCAGCUGCAGCAGUUGGCGUGUGAGUGUUAUUCCCGGCUGCCCUCCCUAGGGGCUGGCUUCUCCCAGGGCUUGAAGCACACUGAGAGCUGGGAGCAGGAGCUACACAGUCUGCUGGCCUCAUUGCACAGUCUGCUGGGGGCUCUCUACGAGGGAGCAGAACCAGCUCCUGUGCAGUAUGAAGGCCCGGGGGUGGAGAUGCUGUUUUCCCCCGCAGAAGAUGCUGAUGCGCACAACCUUUUCCGGCUUCGGCAGAGGUUUUCCGGUCUGGCCAGCUGCCUGGGGCUCAUGCUCAGCUCUGAGUUUGGAGCCCCCGUGUCCAUCCCUGUGCAGGAAAUCCUGGAUUUCAUCUGCAGGACCCUCAGCAUCAGUGCCAAGAAUAUUAGCUUGCUUGGAGAUGGUCCCCUGCGGUUGUUGCUGCUGCCUUCUAUCCACCUGGAAGCCUUGGACCUGCUCUCUGCGCUCAUCCUUGCGUGUGGAGGUCGGCUCUUGCGCUUUGGAGUCCUGAUCAGCCGCCUGCUUCCCCAGGUCCUCAAUGCCUGGAGCAUUGGUAGGGAUACUGUCUCUCUGGGCCAGGAGAAGCCUUACAGUGCCGUGCGGACCAAGGUGUACGCUGUGUUAGAGCUGUGGGUGCAGGUGUGUGGUGCCUCGGCAGGAGUGCUUCAGGCAGGAGCCUCAGGAGAGGCCCUGCUCACCCACCUGCUCAGUGACAUCUCCCCGCCCGCCGAUGCCCUGAAGCUGCGCAGUCCCCGGGGGAGCCCUGACGGCAGUUUGCAGACGGGGAAGCCCAGCGCCCCCAAGAAGCUAAAGCUGGACGUGGGGGAGGCUGCGGCCCCUCCCAGCCACCGAAAAGGGGAUAGCAAUGCCAACAGCGAUGUGUGCGCAGCUGCGCUGAGAGGCCUCAGCCGGACCAUCCUCAUGUGCGGACCACUUAUCAAGGAGGAGACUCACAGGAGGCUGCAUGAUCUGGUCCUGCCCCUGGUCAUGGGUGUGCAACAGGGCGAGGUCCUAGGCAGCUCCCCAUAUACCAGCGCCCGCUGCCGCCGGGAACUGUACCGUCUGCUGCUGGCUCUGCUGCUGGCGCCUUCUCCUCGCUGCCCACCUCCUCUCACCUGUGCCCUGCAAGCCUUCUCCCUGGGCCAGAGGGAAGACAACCUUGAGGUCUCUUCUUUCUGCUCAGAAGCACUGGUGACCUGUGCUGCUUUGACCCAUCCCCGGGUUCCUCCUCUGCAGUCCAUGGGCCCCACCUGCCCCACACCUGCUCCAGUUCCUCCUCCUGAGGCCCCGUCUCCGUUCAGGGCCCCACCCUUUCAUCCCCCGGGCCCCAUGCCCUCAGCAGGGCCCAUGCCCUCAGCUGGCCCUGUGCCCUCGGUGGGUCCCCUGCCCUCCGCAGGCCCAGUGCCCCCGUCAGGCCCAGUGCCUCCAGCACGUCCUGCACCUCCAGCCACAGCCAACCACUUAGGCCUCUCUGUCCCAGGUCUGGUGUCUGUACCCCCGCGGCUCCUUCCUGGCCCUGAGAACCACCGGGCAGGCUCAAAUGAGGACCCCAUCCUUGCUUCUAGUGGCACUCCCCCACCUGUGAUACCCCCAGAUGAAACUUUUGAGGGGAGAGUGCCCAGGCCAGCCUUUGUCCACUAUGAUAAGGAGGAGGCGUCUGAUGUAGAGAUCUCCUUGGAAAGUGACUCUGAUGACAGUGUGGUGAUCGUGCCUGAGGGGCUGCCACCCCUGCCACUCCCACCCCCCUCAGGCACCACCCCACCCCCUGUUGCCCCAGCUGGGCCACCAGCAGCCUCCCCUCCUCUACCAGCCAAGGAGGAGCCUGAAGAGCUUCCUACAGUCCCGGGGCCUCUCCCUCCACCUCCACCCCCUCCUGUUCCUGGCCCUGUGGCACUCCAACCACCACAGUUGGUGCCUGAAGGAACUCCUAGUGGGGCAGGACCGACGGCCCUGGAAGAAGAUUUGACAGUUAUUAAUAUCAACAGCAGUGAUGAGGAGGAGGAGGAGGAAGAGGAGGAGGAGGAAGAGGAGGAAGAGGAGGAGGAGGAAGAUUUUGAGGAGGAAGAAGAGGAUGAAGAGGAGUAUUUUGAAGAGGAGGAAGAGGAGGAAGAGUUUGAGGAGGAAUUUGAGGAAGAGGAGGGUGAAUUGGAGGAAGAAGAGGAGGAGGAGGAGGAGGAGGAGGAGGAAGAGGUGGAAGAGGUGGAAGAGUUGGAGUUUGGCUCAGCAGGAGGGGAGGUAGAAGAAGGAGGACCUCCUCCCACCAGCCUGCCUCCAGAUCUGCCUCCCGCCGAGUCCCCCAAGGGGCAGCCUGAGCCAGAGCCAGAGCCUGGGCUGCUGUUAGAAGUGGAGGAGCCGGGGGCGGAGGAGGAGCGUGGGGCUGAGACUGCACCCACACUGGCCCCUGAGGUGCUCCCCUCCCAGGAGGAGCUGGAGAAGGAAGGGGGAAGCCCCCCAGCGGGGCCACCUCCUCAGGAGCUAGUGGAAGAGGAGCCCUGUGCUCCCCCGCCAGCCCUGCUGGACGAGGGGACUGAGGGUGGGGAUGAUGAGGUGCGCCCCCCACCAGAGACAUCUGCAGCUGAAGAAAUGGAGACGGAGACGGCCCCUCUCCAGGAAAAGGAGCAGGACGACACAGCUGCCAUGCUGGCUGACUUCAUUGAUUGUCCCCCUGAUGACGAAAAGCCACCACCUGUCACUGAGCCUGAUUCCUAGCCAUCUCCUACACCCCCACUCGUUUCCAAUAAAGUUAUGUACUUUGACAUCGA